UCAGUUUGGUCAGACUCUGACUGCUACUACAGAGGCCUGAACAAGCCACCGAGAGAACUUCUAUGUACCUAAAAAAACAAAUCACAAAACAAUGAAUUACAUGCAGUGUUUUGCCAAUAUUUAUGUCCAGGUUGGAAAGAAGGACCUAGCAUAUGAACAUACUAAAAAUAACUUGAUGAAAUAAAAGAAUGGAGUACAUCAAGGUUCAGGAAAGUAAUCCUGAAUUCUAAGAUGGCUAAAAGAAACUCUAAAACAGUAUCUCUGAGAGACCUUGAACACCGCUGACGGAUAUAAAAAUGGACAACAAUUUUACUACAUCCUCUACAGCUCCUCAUGACAGUGACUGUGAUCUCUAUGCACACCAUGAUACAGCCAGGAUUAUAAUGCCUCUGCAUUACAGCAUUGUUUUCAUAAUUGGGCUCGUGGGAAACUUGUUAGCCUUGGUCGUCAUUGUUCAAAACAGGAAGAAAAUAAACUCUACCACUCUAUAUUCAACAAAUCUGGUCAUUUCUGAUAUACUUUUUACUACUGCUUUGCCUACACGGAUAGCCUACUAUGCCCUGGGCUUUGAUUGGAGACUCGGCGAGGCCUUGUGUAGGAUAACUGCUCUCGUGUUUUACAUCAAUACGUAUGCAGGUGUGAAUUUCAUGACCUGCCUGAGCAUUGACCGGUUCUUUGCUGUGGUGCACCCUCUGCGAUACAACAAGAUGAAAAGAAUUGAACAUGCAAAAGGCAUUUGCAUAUUUGUCUGGGUUCUAGUAUUUGCUCAAACACUCCCACUACUCAUAAAAUCUAUGUCAAAGCAGGAGAAUGAAAGGACUACAUGCAUGGAAUACCCAAACUUUGAAGCAACAAAAAAUCUUCCCUGGAUUCUGCUCGGUGCAUGUUUCAUAGGAUAUGUGCUUCCGCUCAUAAUUAUUCUUAUCUGCUAUUCUCAAAUCUGUUGCAAACUCUUUAAAACUGCCAAACAAAACCCAUUAGCUGAGAAAUCUGGUGUAAACAAAAAGGCUCUCAACACAAUAAUUUUUAUAAUUGUUGUGUUUAUUCUCUGUUUCACACCUUACCAUGUAGCAAUUAUUCAACACAUGAUUAAGAAGCUUCGUUUUCCUGAUCUCCUGGAAUGUAGCCAAAGACAUUCAUUCCAGAUUUCUCUGCACUUUACCGUAUGCCUCAUGAACUUUAAUUGCUGCAUGGACCCUUUUAUAUAUUUCUUUGCAUGUAAAGGGUACAAGAGAAAGGUUAUGAAGAUGCUGAAACGUCAAGUCAGUGUAUCAAUCUCUAGUGCUGUGAAGACAGCCCCUGAAGAAAACUCACGUGAAAUGACAGAAACUCAAAUUAUGAUACACUCCAAGUCUUUAAAUGGAAAAUAGAAAGAAAUUAAAUCUUAGAUUUAUAGCAAAGUAAACUGUAUGACAAACUUUGCAGGACUUUUCUUAUAAAGCAAAACGAUUAUUCCACUUCCACUUAGAAUUAUUUUAAAUUCCUUUCUUUGGGCACUAUUUCCCACCUCCAACUUGGAAGUAAACUGAUAAAUAUGUAUUUUUUACACUCAAGAGAACAACAAAGUUCUAAUUUGUAAAUGGAAUGUUAUACCAAAAGGGAGAUUAUUUUAAUAACUCUCACUAUAUUAGAAAAAGUUUCGUAUUAAUGAAAAAUUUAAUCAUUAACAUUUCCUGCCAACAAUUUGGCAGAAGAAAAAAGACUGCUAAGAUUGUAUACUCCCAGUGUAAAAAUGUUAAUAUUGUAACAUAUUUCUUUUUUGAUAAUGUAUUCCUUCAAUUCAUGUUUUCUUUUUUUACUCUUAGACUUUAUUUUCUCAAUAACUCAAGCCUCAAAGAACUCUUUUGGAAUAAAGAACAGGAUUGUACAAAAUUAUGAGUAUGUUGUUCAAUGUUCACUGUCAACUAACAGUAUUGUAUUUAAGGGCCAGAGUAUCUUUAUGGUAUACUAGUUCUAUAACUACAUUUGAGCAUAAACCACUGUAUAUAUGAACCAACAAGCUGCUUCCUAGCAGAUGAAAAGGUCCUCUCAGUGCUAAUGGGGUCAAUUCUUAAGAUGCUUUAAACAUAAAAGUAAAUAUCAAUAUUAAUUUCACUUGGUAAGAGAAUUAUGUAUUCUUUUAUCUGUUUUGUUUUCUGCCUCUUCCCUCCACUGUACCACAAAUCUAUGUAAAUGACUUUAUCCAAUCAUCAAUAGCCAUAUUACCAAAUGGUAAAAUUUUAAUUUAUCUCCAACUAAUCUAUUUUUUUUAAAGUCUAUACUCCAGUCAAACUUAGCUAUUCACUCUCCUUCAAAAGGCCCUUACUGCUUAUUUCAUUCAUGAAGCCACUGUUCGCACAUGACCUUGGGGCAUCUUCCCAGUGUCUUGUAUGAUUAGUUGGCUUUACAUUUAUUUUCUGUGCAUUUCCCUCACAAAUAGGUGAACUUGGAGAACAGGAACUGUGCUGUAUAAUUUUUGUAUUGUUAUAGAACAAAGGAGGUGGUUGUAUAUAUAAUAUAUUGUUUCGGUGAUAUAUUAACAAUUUUAAAAAUAAUGAGCUAGAAAAACUCAACUAGGAAAGCUGAUAGUUACAUGGCAGUUAACCAUAUUUACCUCUUCCAUAAUUUUAUGUUUAUUUCUAAAAGGAUCAGUUGGUUAAUUGAAAAAAACCCUCAAAGCUAUUUAGUUUAAAAUCAGUAUAAAUUAAUUGAAUCUUCAGUGAUAGCACAGAAUAGUACAGAUAAUAGAGAAUAGUGAUGUUAGAAACCAGGUAUAUAUGAAGAGUUCAAUCAUUUAUAAAAUAGUCCAUACAUUAUAUAAUGUCUUCCUUUACACAAUCCUGUGAAACAGGAUGAGCAGAUAGUAUUGCCCACACUUUAUAAAUAAGCCUAAAUUAGGAAAAGGCACCUGGUAAAUUAAAGGCAGCAUGAAGAAUACAACCCUAACUCCAUAAAGAAUACAGAACUGAAUCAUAUAGACCAAAAAAGUAUGAGAGGCCUUAACUGUUUCAUUAUAUACUAGUGGACAGUCUGUCCUUAAAUAGGACAAAUAACCAACAGUAAGUAGAUUAUAACUUAGCUAGAAUGUGGGAUAAUGAGAAUGAGGAUGUCAUCUGUUAUACACAUAGCACAUGGUACAGAGCUUGGCCCACAGAAGGUUCUCUAAUAUUCAUCUAAUCAAAUAGUACCUGUUUUGUACUAUUACUAACAAAACUCUAAAG